GAUUAAGUACAUGGGGGUAAUGGUCUGCAGCCAGUGAAUGCUCAAGAGCAGUAGAGCUGAGUUGAUGCAGUCCUGCUGGCUUCUCUCCUGUGGAUUUUACAGGAAAUUAAAUUGUGGAUUUUUUGCUGUCUGAGGAUGAAGAAUGACACAAAGAUAAUGAGAGAUGUCUGAGAUUUGUUUUUCCUCCUUUGACUACGCCUGCAGCCCAUAACAACCAGUAAGCAAGAUGAAGGUGAAAUGGACCAUGCUGGGCAUGGUCGUCUUCUUCCUGCUCUCUGUGGUCAUGAUCUGCUGCUUUAUAUGGCAGUAUACGAUGCCAAAGCUGAAAACAGAAGUGGUUGUAAAACAAGCAACAGCAGAAGAGAUGUGCCCUCUCUUCCCUGAGCCUGUGCCCCUCAAACAUCCCAUCACAUCUCUGAGGGUAGCCUUAGAAAAGAUAGAUACACUUCUGAGGUCAAGCGUUCACAGCACCAAGCUGCCAGCAAUAUCAGCCAUCGUGGUUUUAAAUGACUCUGUUCUGUGGAAUGGAAACUUUGGCAAGAAGAACAGUAGUGACCCCUCCUCAUCUGCACCAAAUGAGUACACAGUGUACAGAAUUGCAAGCCUCUCUAAAAUCUUUCCCACACUGAUGCUAUACAAGCUGUGGGAGGAUGGCCUGGUGGACUCUCUAGAUGACCCUCUGGAGAAAUAUGCGGACAACUUCACCAUUAAGGACCCGCUGCGGAAAACUGGGGGACCAGCAUCCUCGUCAGCCAGGAACCUUGGCAUCCAGUCUCCUGCACUCACCCUGCGCAGGAUGGCCAGUCAGCUCUCUGGGUUGCCCCGAAGAUUAAGGUCAACUAAUCUCCUUUGGAGUGGAGACACGGAGGCAGCCCUCACUUUGUUAAAGGAUGAUGUCCUUGUGACAGAUCCAGGCACCAAAUGCCACUACAGCAAUGUUGCUUUUUCCUUACUGGCCAACAUCUUGGCUCACAAGGUGACUGGCUCAGACUUUGAGAGUUGGGUGUCAGAAAAUAUCCUGGAGCGGCUCAGCAUGGAGGACACUGGUUUCAACUUAACUCCAGCCAUUCAGAGGCAAAUGGCUGUAGGUGUGUUCAGCAAUGGCCAGCCAGCUCCCCUCUACAACCUUGGCUGGUACCGACCUGCAGGCCAGAUGUAUUCCACAACAGCUGACAUGGCCAAGCUCAUGAUGGCUCUUCUAGGUGCAUACGGUGGGACCCUGCUCCGCCAGGAUACUCUGAACACCAUGGUGACCCCAGUCUUCCGAUGCCACGGUGGCUACUUUGCCAACUUCACUGGCACACCAUGGGAGAUCAACGAGCAUUUGGGCUAUGAUAUGGUGAGGAAGGAUGGUGACCUGGACGGUUAUGCAGCCACCCUGUCUCUGGUGCCACGACUCAAACUGGGAAUGGUAGUGCUCAUGGCCGGUGUUCGGCCUGCUGAACAGGACCUUGUGAGCCAGGCUUACAGCUAUCUCAUCCCUGCAGUGGAGAGGGCUUUCAGAGAUGUUAAACGAACUCUCAGACCGCCACCCAAUCCAGCUCCUUAUGUGGGCUUUUUCACUUACAGGAAUAUGACUUUCUAUGAGAUUAAGGUGGACUUAGACGGGGUGCUGGUCAUGCAGCAGUUUGGACCACAGGUGGACACAACCGUGCCGUCCAAGUACCGAACUAUUCAGCUGGAUUACCUGCAGGACAGGGUGUUCAGGGUGGUGUUUGAGAGCCCAUACCCUUGCAAGCUAAAGGUUAACAGUGCCUCAAUCUCCCUGGAGGCACAGGACAGACAGCUCUUCAACUUUUACCCCUUCAACAAGAAAGGUGUGUCGCCAGGGUUUGAUUCUCCAGGACUCAGCACUUACAGGGUGAUGAGAAUAGCUGGCAGACCAUACUUUACUUCAUAAAGACAAGAAUUCAACUUACAAUAAGUCUGACACUGUAACUGGAGGAUUGUGUCAAGGACAAAUGCAGUGGGGAGUUUGACAUUGUAAAUGCAUGGCAGUUUUCAACUGCUGGUUCAUGUGAGGCUUCCUUGCUGCAGUUAAUAUGAUUAUUAUAAAGUUGGAUUUUAGUAUUAUUUAUUUUCUCUGCUUAUAAUAGCAAUUGUAUCAUUUGGUCUUGUCCAAAUCUCUAUCUAAGCAGUCCUCCCAUAACCAUAAACUGAUGACAGUAGUACUGUACAAAUGUGUCUUAAGACGUGGUUGAUCAAUGGAAAAUGUGGCAGUGCUCCUCUUUAACCUCUAAGUGCCUAAAAUGUGACUUAGAAAGUGGAAAAACACAACUGAUUGAAAUAUCAAGUGGUCAAGUUUCUUAAGACUCAGAUCCACCAGGGAAGCUUGUGGACAUGUUAUGAGCAGUAAAGAAGCAAAGUUACAAGAAAUAUGCUAAAUAAAACUCAUAUGGAAUAACAAGUGUUUAUCAAGUGUUUAUCAAGUACAAAUGUACAGGUAAACAUCAGGACUUCCCAACACGGCAGAUGUAAAAGUCCUUGGAGUUUUUUUUUUUAGGAAUUCUGUGCUCAGACUUCUGUUACUACGCAAAAUUGUUUUACUUGUGCUUUGGGAUAUACCAUAAAGACUGGCAUGGUGAUAUCAUCUAAAUCUAAAGCAAUAUCAUAGCUUCAUAGAAAAAAACUUUAGUAUGUGAGACCUACAUUUAUUGCUCUGGACAAGGGGAAUUGUAAUGUAAGUGGAGGAAGUAACUAAGCACAUUUACUUACUGAAAGUAACAUAAGUAACUGGACUUAACAAAUGUACUUGUUACUCCACAAUGUUCAUUUAGUAAUGUUAGUUUGUAGUUACUUUGCAAAUUCAGAUUGAUUAUAGAAAAUAUAAUCACCAAAUAAAUCAUGAUGUUUUAUCUUGAUGUUUUAUCAUAGGUUAAGAUAAGAUUAUAAAAAAGGUUAUAUUGAUCUGGAGGGGGAAAUUCACAAGCUGCCAAACAAAGUCAUUAAAUUAGCUUCACCUCUACCAGCUGCAACAUUAAAGUGCUGGUUGUACUCAUUAAUGCAUCAAUGAUGAGAAUCUGUAGUGGCCUGGAAGGUAA